AUGGAGAAAAAAUUACUACUCUUUUGCAUUCUAACUACAUUGCAAACAACCCACACAAUCUUCUCGUCUGUAUGCGAUUGCAACUAUGUUAAAACACGAGGAAUUCUAGAUAUUAACUCACCAUACUAUUGCCAAAACCCCAGCACUAAUCAUCAACCACGAUACCUAACAAAUUAUACGCUAAUGACUAAACAAAAUCCAGUAAAAACUUGGAAAGGAUGGACUUGCAAACAAUGGAUUAAGACUAAGAAAAUAACCGGAUCUUUCUGGAUAGGAUCUUUUGACACAGUUUAUUCACAGGAAACAAAAUUGCUCUCAGCAAUUGAAUGCUGGGAAAUGGUAAAUAAUAAAAAAUGUGGGGGUAAUCUUAUGCAGGCAGGAACAACAACGUUGAGUUUUACAUCAACUCCUACAGGGGAAGGGAAGUGGUAUGCUAUCAAAGAAUACCAUGCAUUAAAUUGUUUAGCAGAAGAGAUAACAUUAAAACAAGAGACACCAGAAAGCUUCGUGGAAAGUCCAUUUGGAUUCUUAAACACCACUCAGCAAGAAGGGGAGUAUACACAAAAUCAUAACACCAUAGUAUGGGGAGAUAGAUCAACAAAUUCAUCAAAUUCACAAAUUAUUUUUAAAGGUGAAGGGUAUAUAGAAUUAACAAACUCAAUGAUUAAUGUAAAUACUAGCCGUCUUCUUGAUAAUAACAAGCAGAUAGAAAUAACUUUCUCUAACAAACCAGAUAUAAAUAAUAAAGAAUUUGCCCAACCUGGAUUUAAAGUAGUAGGGAUGCCUUUAACAUUUCUUAUUUUUCCAAACCAAGUAAAUGUAGAUACAUGGUCUUGCAAUGAAUACGCAGAUCCAAUAGCGAGCAAAGUAAAACGGUCGACUAAUAACGAAAUUGAAUUUCUUGACAAUCGUGCUAAGAAAGAAGCUAUGGGAAAAAGACUUUACAGCAUAUCGUAUGCAUGGGGUUCGAUACGAAUGGGAAAUCCUAUAAUAACAAACGUAGAAGAAAAUGGAAUAAUGACUAAAAAAGAUACAAUUGCGUAUCUCAUGGUUAAUGGUUCAUCAAUAAACACGCAAGUAUCAGUCCACAACCAAUAUGAUAUCCAAGAUCCUUUGCCAACAGGAACAAAAUUCGAAUACAUCGUAGAUCACAGCAUAAGGUUUAUGAACACUAACAUCUGCAUCGUGGCAAAUGAAAACAAUCAAAUUAUGGCAGAAAAUUGUACCGAAAAAACAUCAAGAUGGAUACUGGAUUUAAUUAACUACCAAUGGAUUUCUCUAGAAACAGGCCUGUGCAUCACCUUACAUGAUGAAGAAGAAGGACGAGUUAGAUUGGCAACACUAAAAACGUGCAGUAGACAGGGAACAAUUAGUGAAAAUCAACAAUGGGUUAUCGAAAUCCUAACAACAAACCCGGAUGUGUUGGACAAUUUCCCAGAUGCAUCCAUUGACGAAUUCGAAGAAAUCCAGUUGGAACAGAGGACAUCAGUAACAACGACCGUCAGUUCGCCAAUUUUUGGAGGAUUAUUGAAGCGGAACCAUGGGAGAGGAAACAUCAUAUGGGACAUGAUAGGAUGGGGACAAAUGAAACAUGGUAAGUCACCCGAUGAAAAAUGUUUAACACACAAUGGCGUUAACAAACCAAUAACACUCGAAGCAUGCGAUCCUAACUGGAUCAAAUGUCAAACAAGCCUACAAAAAUUAUUAACAAGUAAUGACCCCUUGGUGCAAUCACAAACAACCGUGGCUAACUGUAGCGAAGCAUCUAGCAAGGGCCAAGCCUUCGAAUAUUCCUCAGACUUCACGAUAAGACCAUUUAACACAAACAACUGCAUUAAAGCGAACACAACGAUGCUCAUCCUGCACGAAUGCUCAGAUAAAAGUUCCAUCUGGGGAACAUUCGAUCACACAGGACAAUUAAUGGCAAGUGAUAGAACAGGACUUCAUUCAGGCGCUUCGGACCGGAAAUGCCUAACAAGACGGAUCGACAAAUUAUCGUUGGGACACUGUCAUGGAACAAGCCAGAAACAACAUUUUAGCUUCGAGUACCGGAAUCCACAUCAACCUAGAACAUUGACGGCAGCAGCAAUAAUAUCUCUACAUACGUAACACGCCUUAUUUGGAAAAAAUCUACCAAUCUUGCCACCAUUAAACCAUCGUGAUCCAAAGGAGAUUAACUAUAAAACAAACGCAACGGAAGGAAUAACUAAAAAUUCGACCAUAACGACAAAGUCAGCAACAUCCAUGACUGCUACAACAGAUAAAUCAGUCAUACCUUCCAUUGCAGCCAAGGUAACAACAAGUGCGAAGACAGAAACAACAACAACAUCGAUUAGGCCGACUACAACCACAACAAAACCGACAACAACCUUCAGAACAACAACAACAAAAUCAACUACUACCACAAAAAAGCCGACAACAACCACAAAAAAUCCGACCACAACCACACAAAAACCGACCACAACCACACAAAAACCAACCACUACCACACAAAAACCGACCACCAUCAUUCAAAAGCCAAAUACUACCACACUAAAAACAACCACUACCACACAAAUAACAGCCUCUACACCCAAAUCAACUACAACAUCAAAAUCUACGACAAUAUCAACAGAAGCAGAGAAAUUACCAACAAUAACAUCAACAACCGCAUCAUCAACAUUAACUAGUACAUCACUCAAAACGACUAUCACGACACAGUCAUCUACAACUACAGAAAAAGUUUUCACAGAAACCACAACGACAGACACAAUAAAACCAAAAUCUAACCAAGCUGAAAUUAUUUCGUCCACCGAGCCAACUAUAAGCCUAAAAUAUCUUACACCAAGCCAAAUAAGAGAACAGCCAAAUGACUAUCGACCGCUAAAUGACGCUAAUACAAGUAACGGUCUACCAAAAUCCACUGAGGAGCUAAGUGACUUGAUAAAAUACGAGCUUGGAAAAAUGCACGAGCAAUACAAAAUCAGUAUUGAAACUGAACACGACAAUAAAUUGGCAAAAGAAAUUCGGGAUGUUUACUGCCAGUUAUCAAAGAUAAAACGAACGCAAGCCAUAAUCUUAGCCCAAACAAAUGGAUUGCUUGCAGCCGCCGCACUCGGACUUCCAAUGUGUACAAGGAUAUAUGGUUUUGGUCAAGCCAUGACAUUGCAACAAUGCGACCCAAAAAGGAUAUCACUAUCAGCAAAAGAGACCAAGUGUGGGUUCCAGCCAUUUUUUGUUUACGGAAAAAACAACUGUACAAUCGGACUCGACGGAUGGUCUAUUCAUCCGUAUUCGGAGUGCUUUUGGAAAUCCCAAUUGAUAAACAUCAACGGAUAUCCUCAUACGUGGCAACAUAACGCCACAGCAGGAGACUGGAUUAAACAAGAGGCGACCAUACAUACUUCAAAUCUGGAUUUAAUUGCAGAAUUCGAAGAACUGCACUUAAACAGUUUCGACUAUGGAUUAAGGAACCAUCCAGCUCAUGGAACCAUGGAAAUGGAACAGCUAAACAUCUUAAAUGACCUGGUGGGACGAAUUAAUGAAGGAGAAGGCAAAGAGUUACCUGACAUCCUAGUAACAGAAGAGCAGGACAAUCAAAUCGGGAACAUGUUUUCCUGGUUUGACACAUUAAAAAUUAUGGCUCUCUCAGCGAUAGGAUUCAUCCUAUUUCUCAUCUGUCUAAGAAUUUUUAUUGCCUGUAAUCCUAUUCCACGGAUUAAGGAAAGCUUCAGACGACGCAAGCAAUCACGUAACGUGAGCGAAAGUGAUGGUCAAGAAAUGGAUUCAAUGAUACCAGAACCCAUCUACAGCGCUGGAGGAGCAAAUGAAAAACCGUUCAUUAGGGAAUUUGCACCUUUAAUGACGUUAGCAACAGAAACACCAAAAGAAACCCUUACGUCGAUAAACACACCAAGUGCACCAAAGAAAGGAAAAUUGUACCCUAUCGAAGAAUUAAAAUGGGAAAACGAGCAAAACAAGGAAUGUACAGGUAGCCACACGACCUGCAGCUAUGUCGUUGGAUACGGAAUGGUGUGGGAGGAUCUAUGCAGAUGUACUCCAGAAGACCAUUUAAAACGCACAAUUAACAAAUAA